AUGGGGAAGGAAUCGUUAGCAAGCUCACCAUACGCAUUCUAUGCAUUCUACGAACUUUACAAGUAUCUGGGGCUCACUGCGAAGAGACACACUUUAAACCAGGUGGGAGAAAUACUAUAUCCCGAUUUUAAAUUGAAUCCAAAAUUAAUAACGUCUUUGUUUAUUACAUGGAAGAAGCAAACGAAGAAGUAUUUACAAUUUGCCGAUGAUGAUGGCUAUAUUUUAAGGGGUUGCAUCGGUACUUUUGCCAAGAUGCCUAUUGAUAAGGGGAUUGAAAGAUUUUCCAUUAUUGCUGCCACUGAGGAUAAUAGGUUUCCUCCUGUUGGAGAAGAAGAGAUAUCUAAACUGAAAUGUUGCUGCAAUAUAUUACAGAAUUUUGAAACUAUCUUCAGUAAGAAUGGUGAUGAUAAGGAAGGGGAUAUAUUUAAUUGGGAACUUGGAGUUCAUGGAAUUGAACUGAAAUUUAAAUAUAAGGGUAUUCAUAGUUCUACUUUUCUUCCUGAAGUCAUGAUUGAGCAAGAUUGGGAUAAAGAAGACACUUUUAGAAAUUUAAUUGAAAAGGCUGGAUGUGAGAGACAUGUGACAGAGAUUAUGGAUAAUUAUGAGGAAUAUUUUAUUGAAGUGAUAAGAUACGAAGGUAGGAAGAGUGCAAUAUCUUACAAAACCUUUAAGAAAGAAUUAAGUAAAUUAGAAGAGUAG